AUGGUCACAUGGCAAGAUUUUACGUAAAAAUUAUGAAGGUCAUGCGUAAAACCUAUAGAAAUAUGACUUUUAGUGUCCUGUGCAUUAUUAGCGCUAAUCAGAUUUACCCACAUAUUAGAAAAUUUUGCUGAAAAUGAACCCAAUGAGCCUUGAUGUUUCCAAGCAUUUUCUAGAUCUUUUUCAUUAAGUUCAAUCAUUUCUGUAGGCGUUAUAUACCCUAUUUUCUUAGCUUGAAUCAUAAUUGGAACUUUCUGAUUUGCAGAAGUUCAGUCGCAAGCUAAAUAUGUCGGAUCAGAAUGCUUCAAAAAUCCUCAGGAAAAAUGAUAUUUUGCUCUAUGACUUGUUGUAUUUUAUAGCUGGAUUAUUGCUUAUACAACUUCAAUUAUGAUAUUCUUUAUAUUGAAAUUUUUUUCCCGCUGCUUAUUAUUUAUUUAUAUAUUUAUUUAUAAAUAUAUUUUCCUUUUGUGCAUCCUUUCUCUUAUUCUUUAUAUACUGCUAUAUCAAUUUUAAGCUAUUUAAGGAAUAGGGUUAUAGAAGGCGAAUACACGCAGCUAAUAGAGCAAUAUGGAAACGAAGAUGCCCCUAGCUUUACCUCAAGUGCAAGAGGACUUUCCCCUGGGUCUAUUCUAAAAUUUAAUGUCAGCGAAAUAAAUAGCCCAGAACGAGGAGCUUUUAUAUGCUCAGUCUGCCUAGAAGACCUACAAGUCAGAGAAAAGGUUAGAAUCAUGCCAUGUGGUCACCGUUUCCAUCUGCGCUGCAUUGACAUUUGGCUUAUGCGGCAAAGCAACUGCCCAAACUGCAAGCGAAAUCUCCGACUUCGCAGCUCAGAGAGUGCUUUAGUCUCCCUUUAA